UCAGAAACGUCAAACGAAAAAUUACGCUUUUUCGGAAACGCAUCAUUAUUUUACUUGUGUUUUGUUUCCUGAGCGUUCAAGUUCAGUUCUAACAUAAUAGUUCGUAAGGUGAAGAAAAGCCGGAUCUAAGGCAACUACAAAGAAGCGAAGGAACACUACAAGGAAUAGAACCGGCGCGAUCGCCGCCAUCCUAAGAUUUCCAAUCAACAGGAAAAAUACAUUUUUGAGUUUCGUUUAUGCAGAUUGCAGUGCAUAUCUAGCUGGAACUUUCCUUUUAUUUAUUUUAAUAUUUGAUUUAUUGACCGAUCACAAUGCAUGUGGAGCAUGACGAGAUCCUGGCGCACGUGGCCAAAGUGGUCAGGGCCCUAAUUACGUCCGCCAAGCCGCCGGUCGAACUGCGGUCCGUCGUCAGGGAUUACGUGGCCAUCGAGGGGGAGCAGAUGCCCUUCCGCACACUGGGCUACUCGAACCCCCAAGACAUGCUCAAGGAUACGCAAGAGUUCAACUUCAACGGCCAAGGCAACCAGAUCUUCAUCACCGCUAAAUUUAGCGCCAAAACUGAUCACAUUGCGCGUAUGGUACGCCAGCAGAAGGCCAGCAAAUCCACGCAAAUCACAAAACCAACGCCAGCUGUCCAAAAAGCAGCAAGUCAGAAAGCCAACUGCGGCUAUAACCCUCAGCACUAUAACCAAUACCAAAACCACCAGCAGAACUAUCAGGCUCAGCAGCAGCGCUAUUACCAGCAACAACAGCAGCAAUACCAGCAGUGUUACCGGCCACCGCAGUGCCACCCACGGUUCCAACAGUCCCAUCAGCAGCAGCGUUGGGAUAACGACCAGUACUGGCGGCACCAGCGGCAGCGCCAGUUGGAGGCAGAGGAGCAGGCGAAGGCGCAGAGAAAUAGGGAAAUUAAGGAAAACGCUGAACGCGAAAGGCAGGCGAAGGCCAAGCUAGACCAGCAACUAAAGGAAUCUGCUGAGCGCGAAAGGCAGGCGAAAGCCAAGCGAGAUCAGGAUCUAAAGAAGGCUGCGGAACGCGAGAGGCAGGCGAAGGCCAAGAGAGAACAGGAACUGAAGGAGUCUGCUGAACGCGAGAGGCAGGCGAAGGCCAAGCGAGAUCAGGAGCUUAAGGACUGCAUUGAACAAGAACUGAGGGCAAAGAUCAAUAAGGAAUUGCAGGCCAAGCUUAAGGAGGAGCACGCUAGGUUCGAAGAAGAGUUUACGGUUCGGAUUGAGGCGUUUAAGAAGGAGCAGGAGGAAGAACUCAAAAAGCGUGAAAAAGAUUUGGAAAACAUAAAGAAGGAGCUCCAGAAACAAGAGGAGUCAAGGGCAGAAGCCGAACGUCAGGAGAAGGACCGCCUGGAGAAGGAGACAACAGCAGAAGCCGAACGCCUGGAAAAGGAAAGGUCGGAAAGGCACGAGCUGGUUCAGCCUGCAACCAUGCGAGCAGCGAAAGUGGAGCAGGAGAAGAUCCUUGUAACGAUUUCUAACAAUAAGGCGCCCGCCAUGAAUGGUCACGGUCAAAACCAUGUCAAAAGCAAUGGACAAGGCAAAUUCAAUGACGGCAAGCCGCCUCUGCGUGCGAUCCUGGGAAAUAGUGCCCCGCAGCGACAGCAAGAUGCAAGCAGCGUAUUUAACACCCCUGAGGGUAGCUACAAACGGUCACUUCAUCCACGAGUACUGCACCCUGGACAGGUUCGCUCCACAGGCAGCUCUGUAAAUCAUAGACUGAAAAUUACACCCAAAUUGGAUACUCCAACGCCAACGCCAACGACAACGGUAGCGCCCAUCACCCCACCGGCUUCACCGGAGAAUGCUCAAACGAAAUCCGCUGUUGAAGCCGCGUCGAAAAAUGAUGUUCCUAAAGUUCAAGGAGCCCAAGUCCAGGCAGGCAAGGCCAAUUCCACACUGAAGGCUAAGGUGUCGCUCAAGCACGAUUCUUCCUUCGAUGCCGUUUCCUCGCUCAACCUCUAUUGCGAGGAAAAUGAUUUCGAGAAGCCUACGUUUAAUAUAUUCAACAAGCCCCCACACCUGCACUGUUCAGUGCGGAUUGCUGGCGACGUGUACAGCAGCUAUCCGCAGGAGUUCUCUGAUGCGGAGACUGCCUACCAGCGCACAGCCCAGAUCGCCAUCCAGCGUAUCCAGCACGCCGAGUCGCAUCAAAAGCUUACUAUUUGCACACUUAGCGACGAGGAGUUCAUCGACGGAUUGUACAAGGAGCUGUUGAACUACCCACAUGGCAUAUUAGGUCACAAGCUGGAGGAUUGGUACGGCAGAACCUUCCGGCAACACCUGCCCAGCCAUUGGUACGAUUUAAUUAUUGAGUCGAACAAAAUUCGCGUGGAGCACGGCAUUGACCCGAGGAUUAUUUUAUUUGCCAACGAACCUGGAUCAUCGAAACCAAUUCCUGUCAAUACUACCAGUGUUUUGCCAGAGUUGGUACUGCCCUGGCAAUUAAAUGAGAGUGGAUCGCACGACUGGAACAUGUUCAUCAGUCACUGCGACUCCACCAAGCGGGUGUGGGCUAGGUUGAUCGAUCAGAUAGCCAACUUUGAAGAGCUGACGAAGCACAUGGGCCGACAAAUGGAAGCUCCACUUUUCCGACAGAAGGUGGUUAAACCUCUCGUUCAGGAAGUAUAUCUGGUGGAGAUCCCCGAUGGCUGGAACCGAGUGCGGGUGAUCUCCGUAACUGAAGAGGAGCGCUCUUGCCGCUGUCACUUUGUGGACUUUGGCGAUGUGGGUCUGUUCGACUUUGAAGAACUCUUCCAAUGUCCGCCGCAAUUCAAGGUGCUUCCGGCCCAGGCCGUCUGCCUCAGCAUGUAUGCAUUGGACAAGUUCGAAGACCAUCCGCACGCUCAGCAGGUAUUGACAAAGGAGCUGGACGGGCAGACGGUUGUGGCCCAUGUGCUUACUACCGAGAAGCAGUUCUUCGAACUGGGCGGAGCUUCCCAGGGGGUGGUGGAGAACGGUAAGCGUCGGGCUUGCUUGGUGGCCACGUUGUACGACACCUCAACCGCAGAAGACAUCCAUUUGAACGACCUGGUUGCCAGUAGGAUCACAAAGUGCACCCCGGCUCCUUCGCUGACUGACGAAAAGAAGAUCGGCAAGACCACUCCAGUCCUUGUGUCUCACAUCAACGAGGACGGUGAUCUGCUGGUGCUGCUGCGAAACGAUGAUCUUAAGUUUGUGGAGCGAAGCAUUGCACAAACAGUUGCUGAUCUGGGCGAGCAGGAUCGAGUGAGCUAUUCCGAUCUGCUGCACGACCGCCAUGUCUUCGUGUGCGACGAGUCGGCCGAAGGCCUAAAGCAGUGGUUCCGCGGACGGCUGGUGGCCAGACCCCAGAACCCGGAGGAGGAGACCUUCGACGUCUACUAUGUGGACGACGGACGGCAGCGCAAGACGCACAUCUCCAACAUUUACCGCCUGGAAGCCAACAAUAGAGCGCUGGCAACGUUUCCGCCGCAGGCCCUUCCAGUUCGCCUGCACGACGUUCCCGAGAUCGCGGGUCAGAUGCUGGGACGCCUUCGUGGUCUGAUGCCACCGCGCAGCGAGGCUCUGCUCAAGGUUGUGGCCAAGGACGGAGCAAUGCCCUUGGUCAACGUCUUCAUCCGCGGCCAGGAUCCGGAGUCAAUGUACAUGUGCGUGAAUAUCGGCCUUCGUCUGGAGUUCGAGAUGGCAAGCUCCAUUCAACCGGAGAAGUGCGAUUAUAUGCUCCUGAGUUCCAAUGCCCAGCUGCCCAGGCGCGGCAGCUUCAGCUCCGUCGUCUCCAGCCAGAGCAGCAGCAGCGACCUGGUCGCUCUCACUCCGCCGGUGACCCCACAGAAGGCGCCGGCGUUUUCAAGAUCAGGAACCACCAAUUUUUCGUCGCUCAUGCUCAAGGAUUAUGAGGCCAUUCCAGCAGUGGGCGCCUAUUUCGAGGUGCGCGUUGCCCUCUCCGUCAAUCCCGGUCACUUUGCCGUGCAACCAUACAAAUGCUACAACCAGCUGCAGACUUUGAUGAAGAAUCUGCAAGUGCAUUGCAAAGGGCCUGCUGCCAAAGGAGUUCAGCCCUCGCAACUAGCAAUUGGAGAGGCCUACGCAGCUCCUGACAGCGACGGCGUCUAUCAUCGCGUAAGUAUUCGCAAGAUUUACGAUGAGAUUAUACACGUGCGUUUCGUCGACGUGGGCGACGACGGAGUGGUUGCCUGUGAUCAACUGAAGACCCUGCAACCUGAUUUGAGAAAGCUGCCCAAAAUGGCCCUGCCAGCCCAAUUAUAUGGCAUUCAACUAACAGACGUAGUCUGGAGCAAGGAUACCUGCGUACGCUUCCGCCAACUGACGCUGGGUCAAAAGUUCAUCGGGAUUGUGCGGCGCAUGCACAAACAGAGGGAUGACACGCGGGCCCUGUGCCUGGAGCUGGUGGACACCUCCACGCCGAAGGAUAUUAAGCUGCACGAGAUUCUCAUCAAGGAGAAGCACGCACAGCCGGCAACGAAGGAAGUCUGAGUCGGGGGAGACGAAAUCGCUUGAAUUUGUUCACGUUUAUGUUUGCUUAAUCAUAGACUUAGGUUUAGGGACAUGUAACUUAUUACGACGACACAUUCCGCCAGAAGAAAGCGAUAAUAGCCAAUAAACUAUGGUUUUUUUCUACCGAGAAAA